AUGUGCGUGGUGGUGCCGAUAUGCGGGUUCGGGGAGUACCCGCAACGAGACACGUUUAAGGAGUCGCUCAAGGCGCUUGAAGCGGAUAUACAGCACGCAAACACGUUAAUGGCGGGUGACAUGAUGCGGGAUUACGACGGGGCGUAUCUGCAGAUGCGCCUGGGCUUCAGCCCACUGGCGCCGCUUGUCCUUUUCCUCGUGCGCUGGACGGAUUGCAGUCUAGCGGGGGCGCUGGGGUUGCUGAGAGUGCUGGUUUUUAAAGUGCAUAAGAGCGGGCGCACCACCGCUGCCAGACACGAGAGGAAGGCGUCUCUUAGCGAGUUUUAUGGCUUUCUAUACCCUUCACUGCUACAGCUGUAUCCCGGCAUAUCGGAAGUGGAGCAAGCAAAGCAGCAGAGGCGGUGUGAUGAGCACUAUUUGUGGCCGAGAAUGGACUCAGCAGGUCAAACAAGACCACCCCCCUCCGCCACUGCUUCCCCCAUCUCCUCCUCCUCCUCUUGGCCCUCCCCUGCCUCCUCCUCCUCCUCUUCAUGCUCGUCUUAUAACGAGGAUGAGGAGAUAGAGCUGCUGACAGGGAUGGAGCGGGAGAAGGAGAGGGCGAGGGAGAGGGAGAGGGAGCGCGAGUGCGGGAUCUGCCUCGAGGAGGUUCGAUCCGACGGCUGUGAUCGCGUCGCGAUUCCCAGCUGCGCUCACUCCAUGUGCUCCCGAUGCUUUAAGGACUGGAGCUCUCGCUCUCGCUCCUGCCCGUUCUGCCGGGACGACUUGGGGAAAGUGCAAGAGAGCGACCUGUGGGUGAUGGUGGGAGCAGAGGAGGCGGAGGAUAUGAGAAAGAUCACUCGAGACAACCUUCGACGAAUCUUCCUAUUCGUGCAUCGGUUACCAGUUCUGGUUACCAGCGACGCGCUGCUGCCUCCUUUGGACCUCGACUACUACUCUCUUCUGUAA